AUGGCUUUCUCUAAUAAGCCUCAUGCGUUAGAUGUCUCAGAUGUUGUGGUUGAAGCACCAGGACCAGGAUCAGGCGGUGACAGCUUCUUUCCUCUAUCAAAAAAGCAUGUUAUAAUCCACAACGUUGUAAAGAACAGACAAACUCUGAAUGUACAUUGCAAAUCUGGUGACGAUGACUUGGGGUUGAUCCAUAUACCUUGGAAUCAUUACUGGGGUUUCCGAUUUCGUGUUAACAUUUGGAGUACUACAAAGUUUCGUUGCCAUUUCACGUGGCAGAGAGGCGGAUCACACCAUUUUGUAAUAUUUGACCCAUGGAGAGACGAUGAUGAAUUUGGAGCGUAUCCAACCUGCGAUAGAUGUCUUUGGCAGGUGAGAAGACACGAUGGAGACGAAGCUAUAUGUCGUAUAGAAGGAGGUUCAGAUCCUUAUUGUUUCAAAUGGGACGAUAAUGUGUAA